UCAAACUAUAUUUGUCCUGCUCUCAUCUCCCUGUAUACAGACACAGCAUUUAUACAAGUAUCUGAAGAAGAAGAAAAAGAAAAAGAAGAAAGACGAAGAGAAGUCAUGUCUUGCUCUGUGAGGAGUGGACUUGCGGUGGUGUUCUGUUUCAUACUUCUGCUUUUGUCUUCUAAUGUUGGAUGCGUAUCUUCUCGUCGUCUAGGGUCACAUAAGCAUCAUCACAAGGCUGCUUCUUUGGUACAAAACAUCCCCAAUGGUGGAGGAAAGAGGAGGGUGUUGCGUGGAGUCGAGACAGGGGAUGAAGUAGUGGUCAUGGACUAUCCUCAGCCUCAUCGUAAGCCUCCCAUCCACAACGAGAAGUCUUAAGUACCCGAUCCAUACCCAUUUCUCUAUAUAUCACACUUUUGUAUGCAUAUGCAUUCACCAUGUUGGUGGUUGUAAUGACUCUUGUGCUAUCUAUAUAUAUAUAUAUAUAUAUAUUCAUGACCAACUUUGUUCUUUAUAUCUCCUUGUAUACAAACUGACAAGGUGUAUCCUUUUACUUACUAUGUUACAUAUGGAUGUGGGACAGAAGAACUGUUCAAUAUAUGAGGUUGUAACUGAAUUGUGAUACUCCUUCAUUAAGCUUUAACGAACGGUA